GUUUCCUUGAUCUGUCAUAGGCAAGUAAUCAAAUACACCUUAGACUUUGCUUUCUGACUGAGACUGCAUUCAUCAAUCCAACCUCUCACACCCGAGUUCAACCUGUAUUCUUAUGGACUGCUUAGUGGUCACUUGGAAGGCCUACAUUUCUAAGUAAGGGCUCCUAUAACAAAGUACCACAUGGUGGCUUAUAAACAUUCUCUCACAAUCGGCUAGAAGUCUGAAAUGAAGGUUUCUGCAAGACCACACUCCUUCAGAACCUCUAGGGAAGAAUCCUGUCCUGCCUCUUCCAGCUUCUGGUGACUGCUCGUGUUCCUUGGCUUCAUGUAGAAGAGUACAAAUGCUACACAAGAUGCAAUGGUGACACUUCUUUUGAAUGAUGCUGAAGUAUCUUCUGUGAGGUUUCUCAUACAUCGUGACAGCUGGCUUCCCCUAGGGUGAACAAUCAAGGAGCAGGAGAAACCAAACUGGAGGACACAGCUCUUCUAUAACCCGUCUUCCAAUCAGCCUUCUUCCAUCGCCUUGACCAACAAGUCCGAAAAGUGGUACAGAGCCUGGCUUAGAGCCUCAUCUUCGUUCAGCCACAGCUACAUCAGGCACCACUCAAUGUCCUGCCGAACUGGAGAUUUCCCUGACUCCCUCGUCCUCCAGGCUUACCUGUCAGAUGCUCUAAACCUACAGAGCCUGCUCACAGGGGACAGUAGCUCUCCUCCUGCAAAACCAGCCUUGUGUCAGCGAUAUGAUCUCCAGAAGAGAUGAAGGCAGAGGCGGUGCUGUGUUUCUUGCUCACUCUUAUACCAGCUCCGUGUGGGUCUCAAGCUUCCUCCAGUCACGUUAGUGUGCGUGAGCAAAUCGUCACUGGAAGACUACGUGAAGACGUAAUUCUCCCUUGCUCAUUUGAGAGUGGGCCUAAUGUUGUAAUUCACUGGAAGAAUCGAGAUACCAACAUUUACUCAUACUACAAAGACCGCGACCAGUUGGAAACGCAAGAUCCCAGAUAUGUAAACAGGCUAUCCCUCUUCCCUGGUGAGAUUUACAAUGGGAAUGCCUCCCUGUGUUUCAGAAGAUUAACCAUUUAUGAUGAAGGAAUUUACAUAUGCUACGUAGAAACAUCCCUUGGAACAAUCACAAAGAGAGUAGUCCUACAAGUGGUAGAUUUUGUCACACCUGUGAUGGAGUAUGAAAAGAAAACCACCAACAGCUUCUUAAUAUGCACUGUGUUCAGUGUUUUUCCUUAUCCAAAUAUCAAAUGGAAAGUAGAUAAUAAUACAACUAUCUCUGACAAAAAAGAAAGGAAAGAAGAUGAUCCUUUCGGUCCUUUUCAUGUAAACAGCAGAGUAAAUAUUACAGGAUCAAAUUCAUCUUAUCAAUGUGCAAUUGAAAAUCCACUGCUGAAGCAAACAUGGACAGGGAGAUGGACAAUGAAAGAUGUUCUUCAUAAAAUGGAAAGUGAAAACGUUUUACUCUCAUGUAAACCUGAAAACAAUUUUUCCCCACCAAAUCAAGACUUCACGGUCACUUGGUCCAGAGUGGAAAAUGGGAGUUCCUUGCUCCUGGCUUGCUUUAAGAACUCCUCACAAGAAACACUUAUCAGUCAACCUCAAAUUUCAUGGAAAGAAGAGCCGAUAAACUCACGUGACUUCUCUUUAACUCUGAAGGAUCUUCGUCUUUCAGACAGUGGGGAGUAUUUGUGCAAUAUUACAUCAAACGAAAGUACCUCACUCACCAUGCAAACACUGCAUGUAGCAAGCCAAAGAGCAACUGCUGGGAUGAUUGUCCCAGUUCUGGUGGCCGUGGUGUUGGCAGUUUUGUUGCUGUCGGUGGCCACUCGAGCUAUUAGAUCAAGAAGGUGCAUCGGUUUCCACAAAGAAAGGCAUCUACCUACUAAUCCGAACUCUAGCAGUGCCGGUACUUCAGAAGAAAACGUGCCUCUUUCAGAACAUCCACCCAAUACAUGAAGUGAAGACAGAAGUUCACAACACAACACAACCCUCCGUAAUAUCCUACGAGCUCACCUCCCCUUUCUUCACUGUGAUUCCAGCAAUGGUUUGUCGUGACCUGACAAUUCUACCAUUGCAAAACCUGUGAUACUAGAAAGAGAAUAGUCACAUUCUCGCUUCAGAAACUAAGAGUCAUUCUUGGGCCCCCCACCUGCAUCAAGAUUAUAAAUGCCUGGAUACCAAGGAUUCCAAUUCAGCUUGGAUAAAAGAACUCUCUCAUUUAUUUACAUUCCUGCUGCAACCAGCCUAGGAGGUUACAGUGAAGUUUCCGCCAAGAACUCAGAAGAAAUAAAUCACUAAGAGAUGAUUCAAAAUCUGAUCAACUAAUGAUGGGUGAGUGGUAGAAGCAAAAAUCAUCUUAGUGAAAAGGUAAAAAACCACGGCCAAGAAAACAAAGCAAUUGAUAUGCUAAAGUAUUGUACUCUAGUUUUAUAUGAACGGUUAAUAUCAGCCUAAUCUACUAGAUUUAGUAUGGUGAAUCUUAGGGACCCCAAAGAGUAAGAAUGUCAGUGUCUCUAAGACAAUCCAAGGUGCAAAAGGCCCUAUCAACGCAAGAAUUGACAUCCCUGGGGUUGGGUUGUACUAUCUAACACCAGGGUUUCAUAGCUGAGUGACCCCAGUUAUUAAGAUAAUUUAACUUAAUCUUUGGCUCAGUUGUCAUAUUGUUAAUCAGAUUUCUAAUAAACUUAAAUUUUCAUAUACAUUUUUAUGCAAGGACAGAAUGAAUACCUCAGUUGAAUGGAUGAUCUGUUCUCCUUAAUUUUAUUAUCAAUGUGUCAAAAAGCCUAACUAGGACUUUUAUGACAAUCAAAUUUUCUUCCCUGCUGGCUCAGCUGGUAAAGAAUCUGCCUGCAAUGCGGGAGACCUGGGUUUGAUCCCUGGGUUGGGAAGAUCCCCUAGAGAAGGGAAAAGCUACCCACUCCAGUAUUCUGGCCUGGAGAAUUCCAUGGACUCAGUCCAUGGAGUCACAAACAGUCAGACAGGACUGAGCAACUUUCACUUUGGGCUUCCCUGGUGGCUCAGAGGUUUAAGCGUCUGCCUGCAAUGCAGGCAGAUCGACCUGGGUUCGAUCCCUGGGUCGGGAAGAUCCCCUGGAGAAAGAAAUGGCAACCCACUCCAGUACUCUUGCCUGGAGAAUCCCCAUGGACAGAGGAGCCUGGUGGGCUACAGUCCAUGGGGUCCCAAAGAGUCAGACAUGACUGAGCGACUUCACUUUCACUUUAUGGGAGAAAACCAACCCCGAUUGUGUAUUAAGGCCGCCUGGUCCAGUGUUCUUUAUCAGCUGAACUUAUUUCACAGUCUCCUAUUUUGCAGAGUUUUGUUGACCUCACAUAUUUGCUACAGUGUCGUGACAAGUGUUCAUCACAAACUGUAGAGUACUAAGGAUAUAAAGAAAAUCUUUAGAAAAGGACAUAGGGCACUCAGUGAGGAGAACAUGCUCAGAACAGUUCUGAUCUUACCGUGAUGAGGUUGACCAAUUUAAAGACCAAAGCCAACACAUGGAGGAUGGCAGAUAAGAAGGACCCUAGGUCUUUCAACACUGCUGAGCUUAAUCUUAGAGUCAGGUUGGAUUGGAGAGGCAGACUGCUGAGAAGGAGAGAACAAGGAUUUGUGAGAGACAUUCAACACUGUCCAACCGCAGGCAGUGGUGAAGACGUCUGUGCCAGGCGGCCCCCUUCACAUCCAGUGCUGUUCCUGAGGUCGCUGUUGGUCAGAUGUGCCAGCGUCAGGAAGUAGAGCUGGACACGGAGUGAGGAUGAACUGGAAUGUAUAAGAACAAACUGGAUCCCGCGCUGUCUCUUGGGGCCUCUAGAGUCUAUGCUGGGAGUGACCUGCUGCCGUGGAGCCGCAGGCCUGCCUGGCGAGGAGUCUGGCAGGAUCUGGGGCCCAUCCCAGCUAGCUCACCCUUUCAGCCUUGAGAAAUAUCUGCCAGCUAUCGCUGUGCCUGGGACCAUACCCUGAGCUUAUGAGCAUAAAAACAAAGCCGCUGCUCCUUCACUUCUGCCUCUCGAAUCGGGUGCGUUUUUCUUUUGCGACCAACUGUAAUCCAGAACCACACAGAGAAGGGAAUCCUAGGAAACGUACCUCCAGCUCAGCCACACUGGUACGAUACAGACAGCGCACCAGUUAUCACUAAACUGAGCAUCUCGUGCGGGAGGGUGCUUCACUGCCGCGCCAGCAUGGGGCCCACACAGGCGUCAGGAGGGUCUUCCUGACAGAAAGUGACAAACCAUGACUACAGGUAAAUGACUAUAGAAGACGGAGAUGAGCCUGUUGUCCCCCACCAUCAGUGGCCAAAAAUAGACCCAUGGAUGUAGAGAUGAGUCAAGCAGAACUUCCCAGGGACCAUAACAUAGCUCAUGUCUUCUAGGAGUGUUACUCACUAAGAUGCAAUAUGGACAAAGUAUUUUUUAACAUCAAAAUUUAAAAGAUUCUUGUAAUCUAAUCUUUCAUGGGAAAUGUUUACUUGCAUCUGAGGAUCAAAAAAUUCCCCACUACACUUGAAAGCAACAAUAUUCCCUUUUUAUUAUCAUGUUUCCUGAUCACCUUUUUUAAACUACUUUUGACGCAGCAUAUUUUUAAAAAUGUUUCCCAAAUGAGUGGAUAUAUCAAAACAGAGACUUUUAAAUACAAGAACAAACUAGUGGUUACCAGUAGGGAGAAGGGGUACCAGGGAGGGAAAGAGGAUUAAAAGGUACAAACCACCAGGUACAAAUAAAUAAGACACAAGAAUGCAAUGUGCACCACAGAGAAUAUAACCAGUAUUUUAUAGUCAUUUUAACUGGAGUAUAAUCUACAAAUAUGGAAGCACUAUGUUAUCACACUUGAAGCUAAUACACCAUUGUAAAGCAACUAUACAUCAAUCUAAAGGUGUAUAUUUCAAAUGCGGCUUAAGUUUCUGGUCAGAAAACAGUACCUCCUUGUACUCUUCCAGCCUCUGUCCUUUAUAAACGAGGACUGAUCAUUCUUCAUGGACCUGAAAAACAGAACAUCAGCAUGUUCUGUGAGAUUCCUGUGACUUUCAUCAGCGGGACAGACACCCCGAACGAAGCCCAGUGCUCUCCCGUCAUAAGCAGGCCUUAGCCAACUCUUCAUUAGCUUCAAAGGGAGGAAGGGAAUUGAGGCAAUUAUCUGCAUGAGAGAAAGCAGACCCCAGUAAUUCACCGCAAGGGCGUGCUUGGUCACUCAAUUUUCUGCCCGCCUUGCACUGCCAGGAAAGGCAGGACCCUCUGGAGAAGACCCCAGAACAGCGAGAUGACACGCAUCACCAAUCCGCUCCCCAGACCUGACGCACGAUUCUAUCAGAAAACCUUUUCCUUUGGUUUAUGACAGGGGAGAGAUGUUCAGGCUCUCCUUCUGUGAAUGGAAAACAAUUAGUCAUUGCACUGCCAAGGACGAUUUUCCUAUUCAUCCCCGGCCUCUCAGAAGCAAUUUCUGCUUCACUCAUUUUAUUCUUUGUCGGAAAUAACUGUGACAAAGUCGAAAGCAUCACAUCUGUUUCCGAGGCCCUCUGACCUCGCACAGCUGAGAGCAGUUGCAGCGUGUGCAAGGCAUUUCCCUAAACAAACCCACCACGGGGGCUGCUGGGCGCUUCUGCGCAGAAGGCCCAAUCCCAGGCUGGAGCACUUUGCAGAUUGAGGCCAGGGUUCAACCCACUUAGCUGGACCUCUCAGUAUAGGCCUUCUCCCUGGGACGAUUUGCUCAUCAAUAAGAAAUUUCUAGAGCCUGCAAAAGUCUCAUAUGUUUCAUAUUUGAAUCCAAAUAUAUUCAAAACGACCAACUUUUAGUCCCUUCUUCAAAAGAGAUCCUUUGACCUCCGGUAAGGUAGUAUUUGCUAUUUGUUACCCUCUCUCCUUUUUUUUUGGAAGUUUACUAGUAAUUCAUUUUAAAACCUGAAAUGGCGGUGCCUGUGCUAAGGGCUCUGUAGGCAUUCUGUGGAGUCUAUACAACCUCCUUGAAUUUGAUUCUCCUAAAGCCAGGUCUCAUUGAACAAUCAUUUCUGGUAACAGUCUCAGUGAGGAAGCUGAGCUCACUGCCAUAGCAUGACUGUUUUUGUCCCCCCGCAAAAUUCACAUGUUGAGUUCCUAACCCGAACACUGAUGGUUUUAGGAGCCAGGGCCUUUGUGAAGGGAUUAGGUCAUGUGGUUGUGUCUGCAUGCCUGGGAGUAACAUCCUUAUGAAAAAAAGACCCCAGAGCGUGUCUUCCCUUCUUUAUACCACGUGAGGUUACAACAGGGAGAGGGUUGUCUACAAUGAAGUAGCUGUCACCCGAUUCCAAAUCUGCCAGUGCCAUGACCCUGGACUUCAUGGCCUUCAGACCUGUGAGAAGUGUCUGCAGUUUUUAAGCCACUCCACCUCUGGUGUGACAUCUCUGAACAGACUGAGGUGCUGGCCCUGCCAAGCCUACAGCUCCAAUGCUCUCUGUCACUUUCCCAGGAAAAUCAGGGCAGUGGCCCCUACUAUUGGAACAGAAUUUUCAUGGACACAGAUGUAGACAGUUCCUUUCUCUGUUUUAGGGAAGAAAACCAGAAAGCAAGACUCUUGCAUUGGUUCUUCAUGGCCUCCACUUUAAACCUGUCCCCCUGGGAUCUCCAUAUCGAUGUGAUGCUUGCCCACUAUAGAUAGAAGAGCUUGCUUAGAAUUUCAAGCAGAUCCAUCUGUGCUUCUUUAAUCAUCUUUUCUCCUUGGACACCUGACUGUCCUACCCACGUGAAUCUAGGCCCGGGAGCUCAGAGCCUGCACAUUAACCUAGAAUUAAGCAAUUGAGAAGUGUAACACAGUGUCCACCCCACUCAAAGGCUGACUGUCUCAUCCUACCCAGACAAGCAGAGUUAAUAAACAUGGGAAGAUUUUAUCAGAGUUAAUAAACAUGGGAAGAUUUUAUCAGAAACUCUCUUUC